GUUCAACAACAUGUGGACCUGGGAAGAAAUAUAAAAGUAGAGUGCGAAGAAAACUCUCGGUUCCGAAUGGACCACCAACAUGCCCAGGUGAAUCAAUCGAGACUGGAUAUAUCAACUGUGAUCAACCUCCUUGUUUUGGUUGUGCAUGGAGUGGAUGGGGUCCUUGGCAAAAUGGAAAAUGUUCAACAACAUGCGGCCCUGGAAAGAAGUACAAAACUAGAGUACGAAGGAAACUCACUGUUCCGGGAGGUCCAUCGACGUGCCCUGGUGAUUCUAGUGAGACUGAAUCCUUGAUCUGUGAUCAGCCACCUUGCUUCGGCUGUUUGUGGAGUGGCUGGGGUCCUUGGCAAAAUGGAAAAUGUUCAACAACAUGCGGACCUGGGAAGAAAUAUAAACGUAGAGUGCGAAGAAAAC